GUGCGCUCCCCUUUGCUCAGUAGGUGGGGAACUCCGCACAGGCAGGGCAAGCGCAGCUUCUGCAUUGAGCUUCGCGCACCAGUUGGGGGCGGGCUUGGAGCGGCAGCAGCGGGGGAGCAAUUCCCGCGGGGACCGGUGCGCUUGCACCUUUGCAUGCCCGGACUUUGGGGAGGCUUAUGGAAGAGGAGGGACGAGAGGUGGGAAGGCGGCGGCGCUGGGAGGCGCAAGAGGCCAGCUGGCGGAGUGGGUGGGGACGUGGCUUAGCCCUUGGAAUGCGCAGGGCGGGAGCUAUGCAAAGCCGGGGGAGCCAAGAGGCCGCAGAUUGCCCGUGCUGCUUGCUAGUUUGCACGGGAUGACAUGAAUCAAGAGUUUCCCCUUCUGGGAGCCCUUGUUUUCAGGGACACGCACCACCCUCACUAAUCCCUGGUGCUCUUAUCUCUGUUCAUUUAUGCAUGGGAGAUGGGGGGGGUUUAAUUCAAUAAAAACAUUUUAAUUUAGUGCCCAAACAAGUGAGUAGAUGCAGAAGAAGUUGCUUGCUCUCUUCUGCGCCCCUUUUGCGGGCCUGGCUGGUCCGGCUGUUCUAGCACGCGUUGAUGGACAGCUCGGCGUGCAGCCGGGCUCUGCUGCUCAGCCCCUUCCUUGCCUCUGCGCUGGGCUGGCUCCUUCCCCGGGAGGCGUGUUGCUGCAGCCGCUGAUCGAAAGCUGAGGUCACUAGGGGGGAGGAGGGGACGGCAAGCGAGGAAGAGGGAAAGCCCAAGCGGCAGAUCUCGCCCUCCGACUUGCCCAAACUUGCCCUACCGCUUUGCCUGGCUUCUUUCUGCCGGCCCUCCGCGUCUAGGAGGACCACCGGGCUACCAAGAGCCGGUGCACCACCCACCCACACCGCGUUGAAUAAGAGCAGCAGCCUGACUCCUUUGGGAAACAGGGUUAGGCUCUGAAGGGAACGAUGCCGCCAAAGCGCAAGGCCCCUGCCCAAACCAGGGCAGCAGUCAAGGGCAAGAAAGUGAAACAGGAGCCAGAGCUAAAGGCUGAACCUGAAGAAGACAGUUUCCGCUCCACUGUGGAGGCACUGAAGGCAGCUCCCAAAGAGAAGCUCAAGGCCAAAAUUGAUUCUGCCUGUCAGCUGAGCGACGUUGAUAACGCCAAGAUUCACGAGGACUACGACUGCAUGCUGAACCAGACCAACAUUGGCCACAAUAACAACAAGUUCUACAUCAUCCAGCUCAUAGAACAGAAUGGGAAGUACAGCUGUUGGAACCGCUGGGGCCGUGUGGGAGAAGUAGGGCAGUCAAAACUCAAUGCCUUUCCAUCCUUGGAGGCGGCCAAGAAGGAUUUUGAGAAGAAAUUUCGGGAUAAGACCAAGAACAGCUGGGGUGACCGGGAGAACUUUGUGGCUCACGAUGGCAAGUACACCUUGAUUGAGGUGCAACAUGCAGAUGAUGAAGACGAGCAGGAGGUGACUGUGAAGGUGGACAGUGUAGAUGGAGUGAAGCUAUCCAAGCAGAGGAUACGGCCCUGCACCUUGGACAAGCCUACUCAGGAGCUGGUCUCCCUCAUCUUCAGCAACGACAUGUUUAACGAUGCCAUGCAGACCAUGAAUUUAGAUGUGAAGAAGAUGCCCCUGGGGAAACUGAGCAAGCAGCAAAUUGCCAAAGGCUUUGAAGCUCUGGAGGCCAUUGAGACAGCACUGCAGAAGCAGCCGCCUUCGCAGAAGCAGCUGGAGGAGCUCUCCUCUCGCUUCUACACCAUCAUCCCCCACAACUUUGGCCGGGCUCGGCCUCCGCCCAUCAGCACUCAGGAGGUUGUCCAAGCCAAGAAGGACAUGCUGCUGGUACUGGCAGAUAUUGAACUUGCCCAGAGUAUGCAGGCCCAGAAGAAGAAGGAAGAGGAAGAAGAGGAGGAAAUGAAGGUGGAAGAGGUCCCACACCCAGUGGACAAGGACUAUGGGCUCUUAAAGUGCGAACUCACCCUGGUAGACCCAUCAUCGGAGGAUUAUAAGCUGAUUGUAAACUACGUAGAGAAGACAGGCUGCACUUAUCGGAAGCUUCAAGUCCUGAACAUCUGGAAGGUGAACAGAGAGGGCGAGGGCAACCGUUUCAAGGCUCACGGCCACCUGGAGAACAGGCGACUGCUUUGGCACGGCACCAACGUGGCUGUCAUUGCAGCCAUCCUGAAGAGUGGUCUACGCAUCAUGCCGCACUCCGGCGGGCGUGUGGGCAAGGGCCUCUACUUUGCAUCGGAGAACAGUAAAUCGGCAGGAUACGUUGGCACCACCUCCAAUAGGGUGGGUAUUAUGUUCCUGAACGAGGUGGCCCUUGGCAAAGAGCAUCACAUCACCCAGGAUGACUGUUCGCUCCGCAAGCCCCCAGACGGUUAUGACAGUGUCGUGGCCCGCGGGGUGACUGAGCCAGACCCUGCACAGGAUAAAGAGAUAAUCCUGGAUGGGAAAAAAGUGCUGGUAUCCCAAGGAAAGCCUGUUCCUAUGGCUAAGUACAAGAGCUCCUGCUUCUCCCAGAGCGAGUACCUGAUCUACCAGGAGAGUCAGUGCCGCAUUCGCUACCUUAUUCAGCUCCGCUUCUGAGGCGUUUCUCGGUCGGCUCGCCUGCUGGGCCCCGCCUAUGCAGCAAGGAGGUCCUCGUCUGCCUAGCACUGAACAGGCAUGUGACUGUGAUAUGGCAGUCCGCAGUCGGACUGCCUUGGUGUAGCCAGCCAUGUUUGUCAGCUCUUAGUGGUUCACUCAGGAAUUCUGGGGUCCCAGCUGGGCUGAGGAAAGCAGAACCACUUUCCAAGUUCGUUUUAGGACUGUGUUAGGCUCCGUAAUACAGAUGAAAGUCUGACAAGGUGAAGACAACCAAAUGCUGACAAGUGGCACCUCCUCCUUUCAGAGCACUUUAAGGCCUGUAAAUAAAAGAAUGUAUGUUAAGCCACCUAAUGUCUUUCCUUCCCUGUUACUGUCUACCUGGGCACAUAGCUAAUAUCCAUGUAUAUGGCCCACCCACUGUAGAAGUCAAGGUACACAGGGAGGCUAAAUGAAGAAAAGGAAUCUCUGAAGGCUGUGACUGGGUUCAAACGUCGCAUGCUCAGACAUGAACGCAGUUACACACCACUGCACUAAGUGUCCUAAACCAGGCGUGGCUAAACUUGGCCCUCCAGCUGUUUUGGGACUACAAUUCCCAUCAUCCCUGACCACUGGUCCUGUUAGCUAGGGAUGAUGGGAGUUGUAGUCCCAAAACAGCUGGAGGGCCAAGUUUGGCCAUGCCUGUGACCUAAACCCACUGUAGUCACAUCUUCCGCUAAGUAAUCCAGUAGAAUUUGUAUGAUACGCUGCUGAGUCAUACUGAAAUGUUGUAUUCCUUUGUGCGUUCCCUGAGGUAAAUGGGUUGUCGUACAUCUGGCAAAGUGCCACUGGGCGGGGGGAAUAUAGGGUGGGUUUUUGUUGUUGUUUCCUCCAUGUGGUCAAGGAACUGCUACUGCAUUUACUUUAUUUAAAAUAUUUCAACCCACCUUUCGUCGCAAUGCAAUGCCGCACCGAGAAGCAAUAAUGAAAAAUCCGAACAGGAAAAUUAAAGGAGAGGAUAAAACUCACCCCAGGAGCAGCAACAACAAUAAUAAUCAAAAUCCAGCCAGGCAAUCAAUCCCCUGUAAAAGGCCUGUUCGAAUAGGUGGGUUUUCACUGUGCAUAAGGGCAAUAAAAGAGAAUGUUUGCACCAGA